AUGCGAUACUUCAUGAAGCAUGAUGACAAUCCAGGCGGCAAAACGUUGUUAUACUUUGCCCAUGUGAGCGCAAAUGGAAAUUCUGGCAAAAUUGAUACCGCAAUAAUCGAAAAAAACGGCGAAUUCCAGAACGAGGAUUUGAGAGAAACGGUUAUAUCGUGGGCAAGGAGCCUUGGAAGAGCUUUGUACGGGAAAGAGAGAGGAGCCGAGGAAACGCUCGACAGAGACAAAGACGAUUUCGAGAGUUUGAUCGACUAUGCAAUCAAGAAAUGUCGAAACCCUGGCUUCCGAUUUCUUUACAAUUUUGCAAACAGCGAGCCUCUUGAUGAAAGUGUUCGGUCUAAAAUUGAAGCUCCAAGUCCUCGGGUAUCAAAUCUACUCGCAUGCUUUGCAGCCCACAACAUCCUACAACAGAUAGAUUCCAAUGCUGGAAAGAAAAGCGGCAGUCGGAAUGUCUCGAUUCUACAGAGAGCUGUUGGUGGUCUACUCCAUGCCUUUAAUUGUUCAAAGAAGCUUAUUGAUUUGCUUUCACAGUUCCUCAUUUCGGCAUCAAUGAGUUAUUUGCACAAGCAAGCUUCCAAGACACAUGUAAAGUACCUAGAAGGAAUUCGUCUACCAAACCUUUGGGACAUGAUUGUGUACUGUAAUGACAAUAAAGACUUUCUGAAAAACAAGGACGAGAAAAUGGAUAACUGGGUGGUGCAGACAGUCAAGCAUGUCGACAAGGAUGACCCUGUUCUAGCACCUUGCUACGAAGGCAAACUAUGCACAGUAAAGAAAAACUUGGACUGUAUCUUGGACGAUUGCGAAGACGAAGGCAAAGAUCCCUAUGCUGCCGGCAUAUUUGGUAUUCGUGAUAUUGACUACCAGCGAUUGACAUUCUACAAACUUGGACACAUGGAGUAUUGCAUCUCACAUCCAUUCUGCCAUGUCAAAGAUUUAUGCCCUUUGAUUCGACAAGACAACCCAAAUUUGAAAAGAAAAGUACCACCAUUGAGGAAUCUUGGCAUUGAUGUCCGCGCUCAUUGCCAAAGAAGUAAAACGGAACAAGGAUGUGACUUGUGA